UUAGGAUGUUUAAAGCAUCCAUGUUUUACUUGAACAUGGAUGCUUUAAACAUGGUUAUAUAGUGGUAGUGGGCAAGGAGCUGAAUUUAUUUUAAUAUUGUCUUCAGCUAGUGAUGAUGCUUUAUCAUCCUAUGCUUAUGUUUCAUUUCAGCAUAUAAUGUUUGUUACUCAUACUUAUUUGUAUAAUACCAAGAACUCAGUAAUCACUUUAGAGAUCAAUAUAAGGAUGGCAUUCCUACUCCAAGAUAAUUGCACUCUAAAUACAGAAAAUACCAGUGAAGGAAAUGGAGGUGAAAUAUUGCAAGCAAAACAAGUAAUCAGUCUGUUUGCACACAUCUAAUUAUUUCCAUUUUUUUCCACUUUGUAUUUGUCCAAUAAGGGAAAAAGUAGCAAUUCUAACAGACAAAAUGAGGGGCAUGUCUAACGAUGUGAUGCUAGUUCAGGUGCUCCAAUAAAUAGUCUUUAGCUGGAGCAGUCAAAUUAAUUCACCUUUAUAGCAGGGAAGACAUGUAUUCUCUAUAUGACAUGUAAGUCCCCAGCCAGAUAUUCUGUUUUCUUCCAGUUGCAGUGGUCAUGGGGGUUUGAUUCUUCUCAUCUUCCCAUUGAGAAGUCAUUGACUUUAAGGUUGACUUUUCUUAUGGAGAACGCCUAAUACUUGUUAUCAGAGUGACUACUGUUUCAGUACUCCAAAUUCCGGUCAGCACUUUCAAUUUCAGAACUGGAAGAUAAAAACUGAUCAAGCUAAGAAAGUUGAAUUCAUAAGAACAGCAGAAAAACUAAAAAAUCAACUUGCGAAUAUAGAAAAAGACAAAAAUGGCCAUCUGUACAGCAAGAAGAGUGAUUUCAGGGUGGAGUACAGCAGAUUGGAAGAAAUGGAACAUAAAAUGACCAACAACAGGAAAGCUGAAAAAGCUAAAAUCCAGCAACAACUAGCAAAAAUACACAAUAACGUUAAGAGACUUCAGCGACAAUUGAAAGAUGUGAAGCCUACACCAGAAUUUGUUGAAAAGCUCAAAGAAAUGAUGGAAGAAGUUGAAAAUGUAAUACAUUGUUUUAAAGAAGAACAACGACUAAUAUAUGAAGAUCUUAUGAAGGAGGAAAAGAGUACUACUAAUGAGCUCAGAGCCUUAGAGAAGAAAAUUGACACGUGGGCACUACAUAGUUCAACCAGAGAAAGAGUUUUCAAUUUGCUCUCAGGCAAAGUUCCAGUGGACAAAACACUGCAAAAUCAUCUACCUAAAGAAGUAGUAGAAUUUGAAAGGUUCCUUCAGCAAACAGGAGGACGACAAGGAGGCUGGGAUGAUUAUGAUCAUCAACAGUUCUUGAAAGCAUGGACAAAACAUAAAGGAAAAUCUGUUUAUAUAGAAGAAGCCCUUGAGUAUCUCUCUGGAAGAACAAAAGAAGAUAUUCAACAGCAUGGAACAUGGUAUCAAGAAUUUAUGAUUUUAGAGGAAAGAAAAAAAGAGUCUAUUCAAAAAUGGAAAUUGAAGAAGCAACAAGAAAAGCAAGAAAUUUUCAAGGAAAAUCAGAAGUCAAAGGAAAUGAAGAGAGAAAAUCUUCAACAAGAAGCAGCUCAAAAGCAGAAAGCAGAGGCGGAAAGGAAAAAGCAACAAGCAGCAAUUGAAGCAUGGAAAAGACAUAAAGAAAUAGAAUUUGCAAGGAAACAAGCAUCUAGAUUGAAAGAGGAAGAAGAGAAAGAAAAAAGGCAGCAGAAGGAUCGUCGGCGCCAUUUCCAACUGAAGCUACUCUUAGAAAAGCACAUUCAGCAAAAGGAGGAACAGAAAGCUCAACAAAGACUUGAAAAGGAGAAGAGAGAGGAUGCUGAAAGAGAAGAGAGGAAGAGAAUUGCUGCAGAAGAAAUUUCUAAGUUUCAAGAGCGAGAUCUUCAUAAACUUGAACUAAAGAUUCUAGAAAAGCAGACAAAAGAAGAGGAAAAAAAAGAAAAAGAAAGGAGACUGGCAAAGUUAAGGGAAAAGGUUGAAGUUCAUGUAACCAGGGACCCAUCCAGACUGUACAAACCUACCAAGGGUUGGGAGGAACGCACAAAAGAGAUUGGAUCAACAGAUGUGCAGGCACUUACAUAUAUUCCACACAGGGCUGUCCCAACCUGGAGACAAGGGCUAUAGCUGAUCAUCUGCAUAUACUUUAUUUUGGAAGAUUAAUUACAUACAAAUAAAAUGACCGAGUCUUAAAAGUUUUAUGAAAACUUUUUUAUACAGUGAAGAAUAUUAAUUGUGUAUUAUUACAUGGGUUUCAGGUUCUGACCAUUUAAUUUUUGUUGUGUUAGCAGCGUAUUCAUUAUGGUAUGUGUUUGAUAACUGGCAUAUCAUCCACAGUUCCAUAAAUGUGAAAAUGAAAUAACAGAAUAGAAAAAGAUGACUAUAAAUAAUGUCAUGGAACAACAAUCAGUUAUAUUAAAAUUACUGUUCUUGUACAUUAUUCUAGAUUAUAGAUCAUAUAUGAUCUAGUCAUUUUGGGAAACUAUGGAAGGAAAUAGUAUUUUUGAAGAACAAAUGUGCUGUGUUGCAAUUGCUUCAUAUUUUCUCCCACAUUUGCUGUGUCCAUAAUUUCCACAAUUAGUUAUUUUAAAAUAUUGGUGUUUUUAUAUUUGAACAAAUAAGAUAUUUCACAAUUAGAUGAGUGAUAAUAGAAUGACUAUUCUGUGCUGCAGACUAUUGUACUAGUGUCAAUAUGACUUGGAUAGGGACUGCUAUUUUGCAAAAUAAAUAUUUAUUUUGUUCUUGUUUUAGUAAUACUAUUUUCAUUAUGCAUAGUGUCUUUCAUCCAAGAAUCUCAAAAUGCCUUACAGAUGGUAGGUGGUAUCUCCAUUUCAUAGAAAGAGAAGUUGAAGAACAGGGUUAGUCACUUGACUUGAGCCUCAAUGCUAGUUUAAUGUUGAACCUGGGACUAACUCUUUGGUUUCCAUUUGAAAACA